AUGAGUUCUCCCCUGCAUUUUGCCGAUGGAGACUUGGGAGGUUCCCUGUCAGUCGGUUGGUUCACGCCAACUGCACCACGAGGUCUUGCAACAUGGCUUUCCCUAUCCUACGUGCAUUGCAUGGAGCCCGGAGAUGGGUUGAUCACCCAGAAGGCCUUGAACUCUGAACUCCGAGAUGACCUUUCGAUGUUCGAGUCGAGCCAUGAGGCUCUUGUGCACUUUUCCCUGGUGUGGCUGGUGAGCUCCUUCAUGACGCGUGUGGAUUGGAAGCGUUACGUUGUUGACAAGGAGGAGCUGGUUAAGGAUGCGGCUUGGUAUGGCAGACGGAUUUUGCCCAUUGCGGUCCUCCAAACUGCCAAUGUUGUCAUGAAUACAACUUCGUUGAAGUACAUCGGUGCCGGCUUCAAUUCCAUCAUUGGUGUCCUUUGUCCAGUCUUGACUGCCUUAAUGAGCGCCGCACUGGGCCAGAGCUUCAAAUCUCUGGCCUGGUUUGGCAUUGUAAUUGCCAUUGCUGGUGAUGCGGUGAUCAGCCGCGAGGGCCUGCGGAAUCUGACCCUGGAGGGCCAGAGCGCCUCCCUGGCCCUGCUGGGGAUGAGUUUGGGCAUUGGUGCCUUGUUUGCACGAUCCAUUCGUUCAGUGCUGAUGGAUUGCCAGAUGAACCAGUACGAGUCUGACCAGGACUGUCCAAAGCUGUCGCCCACGAAAUUGCUGGCGCUAACUUCCCCGGCAGUUUUCUUCUUCGGCUUGGUUUUAACUUUGGUCCUUGAAGGCCUAGAGCCAUUCUUCCAGAUCCCUUACAUGAACUUUGAAGCGGCGACUAUGCAUCUUGGAGUGGAAGAGCCACAUUGA